AUGACAGAUCAAUAAACUCUUGAGAGUUAUGUUAACUUUUUGAUAAAGUCUCAUAUAAUUGAUAAUAAUCAGGAUUCUGACACUCUCACCAAGUUUUUGCACCUAUUCGAUUAAUUCAAUGAUUAACUUGACUAAGAUAAUGAGAACUGUAAUGUAACACAGUCAAUGCAGGAUGAGGAGGACUCACAAAUAAUGUUUGAAACGAGAGCUAUUUUUACUUUGGCAGAUUUCUUGAAAUCUCUAACAGCUAAUGAGUACUAUGACAUUGCUUAAAAAAUCUACAAUCAGUGGUAAAUUUAGGAAGGCAAAAAGCAUUUUGAUUCUUUGACCAAAGUAGUAAAACUGAGAGAGAAAAUACUGCUGAAUGAAAGGUAGAACGCAUUCAUGAAGUGGAAGUAAGUUAAUGAAUUUUCCAAUUUACUUGAAGAUAAUGAGAAAAUGAGAGAAUACAUAUUUAGGUUGACUAGAGAAAAUGAAACAUUGCUACACGAAAAAUAGAUAUUAGAGCUUUAAACUAAAAAGAGAAAUUAAUUAUCAUUGAAUCAAAUACAACCAUUAAGAUCAGCACAUCCAAAUCGUAAUUCUAGUGAAAAUAGUAGGGGUAGAAGUAGUUCUAGAAGAGCUACACCUUUGGGAAUGAGUGGUAUUGUACAAAAUAAUAAUUAAGAGCUUCCAGUGUAUUAAAGACUGCACAAGGAAGCACAGCAAAAGUAAUAAAAAAUGAUUGUCAAUGAUGUGAUUAGGUAGCAUGAUGAACUCAGAGAUUGUACAUUUUAGCCUCUAUUAUCAGGCACUAUGCCUUCUUAAGGUAACACUCCAGUGGCAUCAUCUGCUAGGAGACCUUAAAUAUAAAGAGAAGAUCCUUUCCUAUUUGAGAGACUCUCAAAAUCAAAUAAGAAAUUCAAUCCUGAGUUGAUGCAGCUUUAGAAGGAAAAUGAAGAAAUGAAGGACUGUACCUUUAAGCCAGAAACCAAUAAUAAGUCAAAAGUCAUAGCUGAGAGAAAUUUGCAAGAUUACUAGGAUAAGGAGCAGUUCUUCGAAAGACUUUAUAAAGAUGCAGAGGCCAAGGAUAAAUUUAUGAAGGGCUUGUAGACUAUAAAGGAUCAUGCUGAAGUUAAUUAGUGCACAUUUUAGCCAGAAAUUAAUAGAGGAAGAAAUGAUAGUUUGAUUCAUUCAGGCAGGAAAUCUCAAACUGAAUAUCAUCAUAAUAAUGAGGAUACUUUCAGCAGGCUUCAUCAGGAACAUGAACAUAAGCAAAGAUAAUUAGUCAAAAUAGAAAACGAGUAUGAUUAAAAGUUCAAAGAAGAGCAUCCAUUUCAACCCACUAGAAUCACCAAAGAUAAAGAUGAAAGGCUAUUUGGAAAUAGGAAUGAAACAUCGUAGCACAGAUCAUCUAGGCUCUACCAAGAGUGGAAAGCAAGAGAGAAAAAGAUACAGGAUAAAAGGAAUGAGCUUAUUAAAGAGGAAUAGAAACUUUGUUAGCUCACAUUAUAAACAAAUAAAAGAGGCAAAAAGCUAAGUAUUGGUGACUCAAUAAACUCUGGUUCACCAAAUCAUGAUAGCUCAAUAAUAAAUACUCAUAAUUCAUAAACUUCAUACAUGACAUAAAAUACCCAUGAUAGACUUUACACAUAAGGAAAGGAAAAAACAAAAAAGUAAGACGAACUCAGAGAUAAGGUGUAUAAGGAGUAAGGCUAUUCCUUUGCGCCAUAAACUAACAAUAUGCCUAAAUACCAAUUUGAUAACAAUGUGUUCGAUAGAAACAGAGAGUUCAUGCAGAGGAAAGACAGUCAUAUUAAGGAGAUGUAACAGCAGAAUUCCUGCGAUUUCAAGCCAUAGAGGGUCACUACCAAGAGUAAGUUAGCUAAGUGCUAUGAAAGAGUAGAAGUAACUAAUGAAAACGUAGGGGAAAAGCUGUAUUCACAGCAGCAUGCAAUUGAAUAAAGAAAAGAGAAAUAAAGAUAAGAAUACUCUAUAGAUAAAAACUGCACUUUUAAGCCUUAACUAGCCAAGAAAACUGAAAAGAUAUUAAAAGAGAGCAGCUAGUAGAGGACGAUCAAUGGCUCAACAUUGUCGAGAAGUCAGGCGUCUCUACCGUCUCAGAAUACAUUUCACGAGAGACAACCCUUCGGCAAUAAAAUCAAUCAGUGA